CUGAAUCCGACCCGAACGAUGGGUUUCCGAUGAUCCACUUGCACAGUUGUCCUUCCUCGAUUAUUUCGUCCCUUUUCCAAACGAUUGUAUUGUUCUGGCCGUUCGCAGCUUGGAGGAGCAAACUUUGCAGCACAUACUGCCGAUGCUCCGUCGAAUCAUCGCUCAGGAAAAUCGCGUUCAGGUCGCUCCGCUCGUGACUAGCGAAGCAAACUGAAGGGCCGACGAAGAUAUUAGAAUGAAACCAGAAAGGGUGGCCGGAGAAGUUCCCGGAGACGAAUCCGAAUCUUUCACCGCUCUUUCCUGGGUACUUCUAUCGAAUUUGAACCCGGGUUUCACCCUUUUGACGAUCGACCCGAAGAGAGCGGUCGAUUCUCGUUCUCUCUUUCUUCGAUCCGGGGUUUGAUUUGAGGGGGCUCGUUCGGAGGGUAAGGACGUGGAUAUCGAUACCCUUCGCAUGCGCGAUGAGGGCGAAAAUGGCGUCGUUUUAUCAGGGUCACGUUAAUGCGACUCAGCUGUUUGCUGUGUUCUCGAUGGUACUUUUUGAUAUCCGGUGAUAACGUCAGUUAGGGACGUACUUUGUGUGUCAGUAUUAUCAGAUUCAUCAACAGCAAUCGGAGUUAGUCGAUCAGUUCUACACGAAUUUUAGUUCCAUGGUGCGAUGUGAUGGGCGACGGAGUCUGCUCAAGGGAUGAUGGAAGGAGCAGAGGAAGAGGUAUAUCAGCCUGAAAUUUCAAGAGACAGUUGAGUGGUGCGGGCAUAAGGUUUAUAACAGCCGACCAAGAGGAAAUGGUAACCUCCAGCAGGUUCCGCACCAGCAAAGGGGCAUCUCGGGCAGUCAAGUUCCAAGAAACCUUGUGGAAGCUUUAUCAUAGAUAUUUAGUAUGUUGGUGCAGGCAUAUACCAUUAUCUUUCUUCUCGGUUCAUCAAAAGUUUCAGUGAGUUCUACCAAAAUUAGCGUCUCCAAACUGAUACGCUCCCGGGAGAGGCAGAGGCAGAGGAGGCAGAGGCGGCCGCCGAGGAAGCGGGAGGCGAAAGUUAUAGUGGCGACGUCGGGGAUGCAGAAGAGGAGGCGGCGACGGCUUGGCGGUGCUGUAACAGUCUAGACAUCAAUCCGGUGAUCGGCACCGCCCAGGUUGAUGCAUAAGGUAAAUCUGGUUCUGCCCCUGCUGCCGGGAUGCUGUUUGAUGAAUUGACAAUGGAUUCCUAUCUUGUCACGUGAAAUGCAAUGUCAGGCGCGUACGCCAUACAGCGUGACACUUCCAGAGGACGAUCGAACUGUGCGACCUCUUUUAUUGCGGUGCUGACUACCUGUGGCGAUGCUGGAUGGGCGGACGAGGCCGAUAUAAUUACGUUGAUAUGAUGGUAUGUGCUCACGCUUGGCUGGUACGUUGGCCACUAUAUAUAUACAUAUUAUUCGUCGGUGUCGAAAAGUGUCGAGUCGCUGAGAAGUCGACAGAGCGGAGGGACCGUGGAGCACAGGAGGGCAGUGGGAAGCGUUGGAUGGAAGCCACGAGGAGGAGCAUGUCUUUAUUGAAGGACACAAUAAGCAAGGCAGAGAUUUAUGUUUCUUCCCAUCGUUCACACCCCACGUUCACAACACUCCAUUUUUCCCAGUUCUCCUACGUCUUUUGACUGGUUUCCAAGGGUAUGGUAAAACUAAACUAUUAUAUGAAAAGAAGAUGACUGGUAUGUAUAACUGGCUACUGGCAAUUCCCUAGUCAAAAGUUCGACACAGUACUAGAAAAUGUCCCGAGUAUCCUCCGCAGAGCACUUAUUUCAAAGCGAAAGUUGUUGAAGAGAAAAGGUAACCCACUACAUCUUCCUUCGCUUAAAGGUAACUGAGAAGGAGAAGAUUAGAAUAAGAGCAAAAAGUAGGCGAAAGAUGCACAAGAGGGACAUUCCUUGACAGAGAUCGAGGGAGAGAGACAGACGAGAGGGAGAGAGUGUGCGAGAGAAGGGAAACCCUGGUAGAUGGGCAUUUCUGGAGCCCAACACCAACACCACCGCCACCGCCACUCCCUUUCUCCUCCCCAGAUCUCUAAAACCCCAUUUCCACUCCUUACCAUAACCCUAACACUUCUGUCUCUUCUCUUCCUCUUCCCCGCCGUCGCGGGUGACCUCUACUCCCUGGUCUACAAGGGCUGCGCCAACCAGACCCUGUCGGGUAGUGGCUCCGCAUACAUGCAGCCCCUCGCCGCACUCUCCUCCGCCCUCACCGCCCAGGCCGCCUCCGCCAAGUUCUACAAAACCACCACCUCCUUGGCCGGCGGCGGCCAGCCCCUCUUCGGCCUCUUCCAAUGCCGCGGCGACCUCCCCCCCUCGGACUGCUCCGCCUGCGUCGGCCGAGUCCUCCUCAUGUGGGCGUCCCUCUGCGGCACCGCCGCCGCCGCCCGAGUCCAGCUCAACGGGUGCUACGCUCUCUACCAGGCCUCCGGCUUCCCCCAGGUCUCCGGCACCCAGAUGCUCUACAAGACCUGCGGUUCCGGGCGGGACGGUGGCGGCUUCGAGGUGAAGCGCGACACGGCCUUCUCCCAGCUCCAGAGCGGCGUCGCCGGCGGCCAGGGGUUCUUCGCCACCAGCUACGCGUCCGUAUACGCCAUGGCGCAGUGCGAGGGAGACCUCUCCGCCGGCGACUGCAGCGAGUGCGUCGCCCAGGCGGUUCAGAAGUCGGAGGUGGAGUGCGGCGCCGCCGCCUCCGGCCAGGUGUACCUCGACAAGUGCUACAUCAGCUACAGCUAUUACGCCAAUGGCGUACCUCACGGCGACAACAACAGCGGCGGAGGAGGGCAAACAGAGAAGACAGUGGCCAUAGUGGUGGGAGGGGCAGCAGGGGUUGGGUUCUUGGUGAUCUGCUUGCUGUUUGCCAGGAGUGUACUGAAGAAGAGAGAUGAUUAUUGAAGGUUGGUGGUGACUGGUAAGUGGCGGGGCAGUAAUAGAGGAGUAAUUGAAGGGAGAUGGAGUUUGGAGAGGGGAUUGUGUCCUUGUAUAGGGUUGGGCUUCACAGAGGGAAUGGAUGUUUGUCCAUUGGGAAUGGAUUCGUGGCUGGAGCACAGAGCGGUCCUUUGGCUGUUUCCUUUUAUAUGGGUUUCAUCCAUCAUAUGUCAGAGAGGGGGAGGGAAUACUGGAUGACGGGUCCAAUCUGCUCUCACUGUGGGGAGAUGCACCUCUCUUCUUUUUCAAUCAUCAUCAUGUAUAUCUGUCCCUACAUAGAGGGAUGGAAGUGUAUACAGAGAUUCAAGGGAUUAUUUUUGACACAAGACAUUCUCGAGUAAAUUUUGCAGAAUCCCUUACUACCUGUUUCAGGGCUUUAAUAUAGUGGGCAAACUUUUGGAUCAUACCAAUCAGCAUUGAAAGGUCAGUCACAGGAUUAUACUCUUUUAGAGCUUUGUAUAGCGACAACAGUGGUCAUGAUAAUUUGUUUGAGUAGAUUGCUAUUACAGCUUGCAGUAAGUUUUCAUUGGUUUCUUGUAUCAGAACCCUUGAUGAGAUGUUCUGCUUCCUCCAUUGUAAUUCUAUUAUUUGUAAAUUUUUGUA